GAGUUAAUAAAAAAUUAUUUAUUUUAGUUGGUGUUGGUGUUAUGACAUGAAGAUGUGAGCCGAGAGAUGGGAACGAAAGCUGAGACCCACCUGCAGUAUGGUGACACAGUCAUGCUCACCCAGAAAGGUGCUAUGUUGGGGAGCUACUACACCAAUGACGCUGUCUCCAACCUCUUCAUGCUGCCUCUCAACUACAAGACGCUGCCUGAUGAGCUCUCGUGUGUUAAGACAUGUGGUGUGUUUCGCAUCAUGCCGCUCUAUGAGUACGAAUCUUUGGAAGAGCUAAAAGAAGAAAAGAAGCGAAAGAAGUUGAAUUGGAACAAAAUUCUGGAGCUGGAAAAUAACCACAAACGAGAAGAGAAAGAUAACCGGAAGCGUUUAAACCGUUACGAGGGACGAGUCGUGAGAUACGAUCACGUGAUUCAGCUGUUCCACCUGUAUUCCUGCAAGAUUCUCACAGCAUCACCCAGCAACACAUCUUGCACUGAGCCGAGAAACUUUGCCUGUUAUCUAGACUCGGACCCCAGUAAGCACAGCCGUUUUAAGGUCAUCCCCGCAGUGGAUGGCUACGAUCCUGGAGACCCUGUUAAUCACUCAGACUUCAUCAAUUUGUACAGUGACCCAGACGGGUUUGUCGGCACUAGUGUUCGAAAUCUAGAUCCGAUCCAAACGCUUUAUCCACCACUCCCAGAAGUAUUCAUAGGACCUAGAGGCGGAGGUUUUUCUAUCAAGCUCUACAAGGAGAAAGUUGAAGUAACAGCAGAAAAUGCUUUGUCUCAAAACACAGUACUGGGAGGCGACCUGGUUCAAUUUUACAACAAGAACUUGAACCUUUUCUUGGCUGCCGAUGAAAACAAUAAUCUAAUUUUGAAAAAGCCAGCCUCCGGUGAAUUAAAGAACUUCAGUUCAUUUGCCGAUAGUUUCUGGGUGGUUAACAAAAUUAAAGCUAAGUAUUCCUCCCCGCUCAAGAUUUGCUCAGGGUCCAGCACAGACCAGGAUAUCACUCUCACGAACUUUGUGACGGGAAAGAAGGCCAUAUUCCCUUCUGGUCAUGAUCAAACUUCAUUGAAGUCGCUGAUAAAGAUCACUACUUUAGACAUUAAAUCAGGGGAUUGUUUAAAGAUGUUUGCAGGAAAGUCCUGGUUGAGUUUCGGAGGAAUUGAAAGUGACGGAUUCACAAGAAAAAUCAUUUGCAUUGACCACAGGGACCAUACAGAUGUUUUUACUAUCCAUAAGAUAGAUGCUUCCACAAAGCAGCGUAUGUUUAAACUUCUGGGCUUCAAACUACUUCUCACAGUCAUUGAAACCAGGUGCAAAAAUAACCAGCUGACAGAGGCGCAUCUUGAAAACAUCCUGUCAGCAUUUCAAGAAAUGCACACCUUUAUUGAAGGACUGAAAAAGAAGACUGAAGUUUACGAGAACUGCUACGCUUUGGGCAUCACAACAUUGUGUUUCAACAUUUGCAACAUGUUGAUCCCACAGAUGCAGGAAGGUCAAGGAUUCAAAAAGGACGUGGAGUGGAUGGUGAUUCUCAUCAGAGACAUGAUGAAACACACUGGAGAACUGCUAGACAACCCUGGAUUAGACCUCACCAGGAACCUCUUCAUUGACAAGUCAGGAGUAGGACUGGAAGCUUUCCUGAAUAUCAUCAGACAUAAUGUUAACCUGGUGUCCCUGAUUCCCACUGAUUUGGUUGAGAGUAUUGUUGAGGAUUACACCACCUCAGGGAAACCCAUCUACCUUAAAGUGCUCAGAAAGCUCUGCAAGUGCAAGAGACAGGCAGUUACAAGCAACCAAAAUGUAAUCAUUAAAUCGCUGUUGGGCAGUAAAAUUCAUCAGCGAUUUAUCCAAAUACAGCACAGCAAGGGUCAAGUAAGCGUUAUGUAUGGAAGUGAAUGGAUUUUAUUGACUGAUCUUACCGAAGUGAACAACAGCCAGAACUUCAAGGAUUUCCUCAGCCAACUUGAUUUAAUCAGAAACAUGUUGUUUGGAAAGAACUCUGUGGGAAAAGAGUUGAUCGUGGGGAAGUACAACAUGUUUAGUGAAGAUGAGUGUGUUGAUGUGAUAACAAAUGAGAAAAUAGAUGUCGAGAUUCGCAGUAGAUACAUAAAAAUCUUAGUAGCAGCCCACAUCGAUCACGAAAUAAGGACUGCAACUUUUGAACCUAGGAUGCUGUCGUACCAGCCCGUGAAGAAGUCACCAGAACAACCUCCCCAAGCGAGGGAUAUCUACUCUGUUCUUGAUAAGUGGCUAAUCCAAUACGUGGAGAACAACACCAACGUAAUCACGUCGCAAGAGGAGAACAACCAGUUUAAGAACAGUGUGAUAAUGUUGGUGGAAUAUAUGUUUAGGAAAGAAGACCUCGACAUCAGCAGCAGCCACUUGGAGAGAUACAUUAAAGCACUGAUUAAAUGGUUGGACGGAAGGUUAGAUAAAUAUUACGAAGAAGAACAUGAUAAUGCCAGUAAAGAUGUAUUCAGAAGAAUUUUCAGGUUCCGAAAUCUACCAGAAAACAGAAAAUGUAAUGUCAUCAAACAGCGAGUACUGGAAACAAUUCACCUGGCAUUUUGGCACUGUCUGACACAUUUCUGGGAGAGAACAAUGGCACCCCUCUACUCUGCUCUUGCAGAAACCUCCUCAGAGGGUCAGAACAAAACUUUGGACACCUGCCAGAUCAAAUCCAAUAUAUCGAGUGCUGUUCAAGGCGUCCUCCCAAUAAUGACGCUUACUGAAGCAGUUUCUACUACUCUCAACAUGAAAGCUUGUGAAAACUUGAGGGAUGAUUUCGAGUCCAACUCUAAAGGAAUCUCUCCAUCUGCCGCAUCGGCGUUUAUAGAGUUUCUUGAAGAUCUUCUGGGUGACAUUUACCUGUUCUCUGAGACACCUGACAUAAUGACAGUGAUAUUAGACACCCUGAACUACGAGUCUGAUUAUCUUACUACUAGAGCAACAGAGCUGAUGGUCCAUCUUUUUUCACCAAUACAUAAGCUGUUGGCAAUUCUGCCUAAUACGAGGAUCAUGAUCGCAGAGGAAACUUUCCAAACCAGAAAAGAGAUCACUGAGAACUAUCUCCAGAUCAGGAAAAUAGCCACCGAUCCACUCACGGAAAAGUUGUUAGAGAAAGUGAUCUUGUCGAUGAACAAGCUUAGAGAAUCUUGCUUGAACGAGGACAACAGCAUAAACAAGACGAUGCAGAAAUUUGUGUUCGAUCUUGGAACGGUGAAAGAGAUAAUCCGGAUAGUGCUAGCUAACAGAAUUACCAUCUCUUCCACCUAUUUACCAACUGAUGCCAAUGAUUAUAUGGACGAAAAAUUACUUCAACUCAAGAUUGAAAGCUUUCGACUUCUGAAGGUAGUCAUCUCUGGUUUAGACCAAGGGCAAGAGCGGGUGAUGGAAUACUUCAAAGACCUUCUGACAGUGAAAGAUGAAGAUGGAAUCGAUAAAGAAGGGAAACUUGAACAGGCUAAGGCUUACGCUUUAGAUGAAAUCUUCACAGAUAAUACCAAUCUCAGUUUGAACGUCCAAGAGGAUGAGAUUUUAGCCCUGUUCCACGUUAUCAUAGAAGCGGUAACUGGAACUCCAGAGAACAUAAACAAUAAAGCUAGGUUCAGUUACCUCUACCUGGCCAUCAUUGAGAACAUGAUCGAUAUGGAGGACUCAACUGACUUCUUGUGUAAACAUCAAACUUACGUUCUGAGGCUUAUCCGAGAGUACUGGAAUGAGCUGAACGGCAGACUGGUCUUAAGGAAUGGAGACGAGGAGCAACUGGUGGAAAUGAAUCUGCUGAACCUUUGCAAGGGGGAACUUAUUGACAUCCCAAGUUAUGAUGAUUUGAACCUGAACAAGGAGGAUUUACUCUCUGGUCAAAGUCUAAGUGGUUUAGACGCAAUGCCAAUAGGAACGAACAAUAACACAGAACAAAAGAUGAAGGGCUGGCAAGGACUGUAUUUCACCCACAUGAUUUCUCUGAUGGCAUGUUGUGUUGUUGGUGAUGCCAAAUCAACCGAAACCAUCUGCAAGGAGCAAUAUCCACUAUCCAUCAUCUUCCCUCUGUUACGAGCAGCUAAGAACGAUAUAGUCUACUUCACCUGCUUGUCUAAGUUUGUACUGAACGUGUACAUCAAAUCAACCAGUGUAGUUGACAGACAGAGCAAUCGUAGCGUUAAGCUUGAAGAGUUUUUCUACAUGCAUCAUUUGCAAUGGAGUAAGAAAACAGCGGUUUAUAGGUGUUUGCAACUGCUGGGGAAUGACCUGUCCUGGUAUGUUAACGAGGGUAUAAAGCUGGUGGAGAGGGUUACAAAGCACCUCAGGAGUUGUACCACCAACCAGAAGAUGACUUAUCUCAACGUGUUGGGAGACCUGGGAACCCAGAUAAAGCUGCUAUCGAGUAGAGACGACGUUGACGCAGCCCUGAAGGACCUUGUUUGUUAUUACGACUACAUAUUCUUUGUCCUUUGUCCGAUAAUAACCAAUAUAUUCAGCUCUGAUAAAGAAAUGGUACUACAAACCUUCCAAGACGUGGAUAGAUUUAACAUGAUGAAACAGCUCUGUAAAUUUGGGAAGUUUGUCUCGCCCUUCCUGCACCAAAUGCUGUGGACCCUCCUUUUCGAAGCUGUUCAGGCAGUGAACGUCAUUGAUACUCAUGACCUCACUGACUUUUAUUUCUCUGAUAGGAACAACAAAAUGUACCAGUUUCAAACUCCUGGCUACCUGAUAAUGGUCGACAAACCAGUGGUGUUUAAUAAAGAAGUACAAGACGUGAUGGAUCUACUGCUGAAGAAAACAGGCUACAGACUGAAGGAGGCCUACACCAAGAAGAUAAUGAAAGAAAACAAGGAAGCAAGCAUUAACACUGCGUUUCACAAGAUAGCCAAAGCUUUGAUACAGAUCACGGAGAAGCAGAAGGAGGGUAAGAGUGUAAAGAUGAGUGAGGAAGUUAAGGGACUUGGAGGUAUUAUGUUUGAAGAGGCAGAAGAGUCAGGGAAAGCAGACGCCCUUACUAACUUCGCACCAUUCUGUGACGAUGAGGAGGACGAUUUCGAUACCCACGAGCCAGUACCACAGCUGACUAAGAUAAUAAGUAAGGUUGAGAAUGAGGAGUGCUCCGACUACACCACCAUCAGACUUAUUAACGUGUUCGCUGCUCUGGCGGAGGAUAGUAACCGGACCAGGGAUUUGAACAAGGAAUUAAACGACAUGCCAACGAGCAAAGGGAAAUUCAAAAUAGCCUGUUCCCCAGCCACCUCCCUCCUCCACCUUGGUCUGACAGAAGCACUGGGAAGUCUCAUGUCCUCCUGUGAGAACGACCACAUCCAAGAGGCAGUGACGGAGUGUCUUCUCUCUCUGCUCCAGAUCCCCACCACUAAAAACAGGUUAAGGGAAUAUUGUCAGAAGACGGACGAACCAUUGUUUGAAUGGGUCUCGGAGAACAUUGUGGCUGCUAUUGAAGAGAUAGAAGUAUUUUACAGUAACAACCAGUUGAGCAUGAUACAAGCCAUGCGGGACAGAGCAGGAGUUGACGGCAUGACAGAUGAUAUCGGGAUAGUAUCCUCCACCCCAAUUAUCAGACUGUCCAUUCAACUGAUCGGUGCAAUGUGUGAGGGCCAAUAUACUGAGAUGCAGAACUAUCUGCGACUCCAAGACAACAAGUUGGUAUCUCAUAACUUCCUGGUUAUGUUGAUCAGACUCCUUCACUGCGUGAGAUCGGGGGAACUCCUCAUGGAUACCAUGAAAGCGAUCAAUUCCAUGAUAUCGGCUAAUGAUGCGGCGAAAGAAACUGCUAUUGAAAACGAUAUAGUAGAGAUAUUGAACACCAUCAUUGCUGCAGAGGCACCAGCUAACGACUUCGAAAAUGCCCAAGAAAUAAAAGCAAACGCCUAUGCACUCUUAUCAACACUUGUUGAACAAUCCAACAUGCUCUCUGAAUUCUACGACAAGGUAAGAGAGGAGCUAGACAUUUACACACUCCAAAGUGAAAUAAACAGCCAUCUUGGAUUACUGGGUACGGAGGGAGGCGAGAAGGCUCAGACAGCUGCUUUCAAGGGUUAUGCCUUACUCAAGAAGAUUAGUGCUUUGGAGAAGAAGGAUUAUGUAGGGAAGUUAGACGAGGAGAUAUCUCAAAAACUAAAGGUUGGAAGCGUUGAAGUUCAAUGGAAGGGACAUCUGGAGAAGGUAUACUAUCCAAUACCAAAGAGUGGCCAAGUCAGGAACAAAAUACGGGAGGAACUUAAGUGGGGUAUUGAUAGAAAAUCGAAGUUUGACAAACAACGAGAUUUUCUCAUCUGGAGCCAAGAGAUUGUAGAAGACGUGGCUCACCAGCGUUACUUCAUGUCCGUACCUUUUAUCAGUUGGGUCAUGGCCCAUGAGAUCUGGUGGGAUUGGCUCGUCUUCCUCAUAGCUCUUGUAGUCCAGCUGUGGCUCCUGAAAGAAUGGGUGGACGUUGACUGGGUGGUUACCCCAAACGGGAUUACCCCAGACGGGGUUAGAAAUGAAACUUACCUGGAGACUGUACCUCCGCAUCUUGUUCAGUGUUAUGAUAAUAAGAGAAAUGGCGGAAAGGAAUCCUACGUUGGGGUUUGUCCUUCGGAGGGCUUCUACUUCACGAUAGUGUGUUUAGGAACCGUACAUUUGUUUGCCUGCAUAUUCCUAACCUUAAGCUACGUACUCUCCAACUACCACAGAAUCUCGCUCAAGUUUAACCCAAACAAAAGGAUGAAUAUCCAGUGGCAUUCCUUCUACCACUUUUACCUACUUGCACUUCUUAUCUGCAGUUGUUUAGGCAUAUGGUCAGAUGGUAUUGCGUACUGUUUCCACUUGUUCCACAUUGCUACUCUGUUUGACUUACUCGGAAGGGUCAUUCGUGGAGCAACCACCCAUGCCGACCAGCUUUUGGUGUGCGUUCCUUUCGCAGCCAUUAUUGCCUACAUUUACGCCAUUAUAUACUUUGGUGCCUUCCGGAAAAUGUUUGACAAUACAAAAAUGGAGUAUUGCGAUACACUAGGUCGUUGUCUUGUUACAGUGCUGAAGAACUCGUUGCGACCUUCGGCAGGCGGUCAUAACUAUAGUUGGAAAGACAGGAAGACAUUUGAUGACCUUUGGAUGCGUUUACUAAUAGACGCCAGCUUUUGGAUCCUAUUCACUGUUAUUGGUCUUAACGUGGUGACCAGUUUGAUCUUGGACGGGUUUCGUCAGCUAAAGGCUGAGCGAGAACGAGCGCUAAAAGACAUGACUACCUUGUGUACAAUUUGUGGCCUCUCUAAAGAUUCUCUCACUACACGUGGUGUGUCCUGGUCCAAUCACGUGGAGAGGGAACACAAUAUCUGGUCCUAUGUUACCUUCUUUUACUACCUCCAAGAGCACGAUGGUCGAUUUUCUGCCGUGGAAAAUGAGGUCCUGAAAAAGUUCCAAAAAGCGGAUCCCUCUUUCUUGCCCGCAGGCCGCUGCAUAUCAAUCGACACCAAGAUCGAUCUGGAAAAGAAGUGAUCAGGGGUUGAAAAACAUCGAUUGUCCGAAAAUGAAAGGUAUAUGCCCAACACGUCGUUUAAGAAGAAAGUCAAAGCUAUAAAGUAGAUAAGCUGUCAAGAUAAACUUGUUAAGUUGCCUACAGUAGAGAUUGAUGUGAAAUCAGAAAAGGUGGCGAAUAAGAACGAUAGAAAUGAGGAAAUUGUGCCAGCUUAUGCUUUAACACAGGGAUAGUUAUUUUAUAUACAGAUUGGAGCAUGAAUUAUGUGCUUGAUUGAGGUUUAUUUGCCGUAUUUCAUGGGAAUGCGAUGUUGUUGUGAAUUUUCAUUUAUCAUAUCAUUUCAAUUUAGUUAGAAUGGACAGAA